ACCCGCGAAGACACCCUCAGGUGACGCCAUGUUGACUUCGGUGGUUUUCAGGGUGCCAUCAGUCUCCAGACGGAGGUUCAGGUCUCUGGUGUCUCUGAGGAGGACACUGUCCACCAACCAGCCCGGCUCUCCGGACGGAGCCCACCACCCUCCGCCCGAAUACCUCGUCGCGGAGGAGCAGCAGCGGAGACCGAGGAAGAACCCCAGCGACGGCUCGGUGCUCCUGUUCCCCGGGCAGGGCAGCCAGUUUGUGGGCAUGGGGAGAGGACUGUUGAAGUACCCCAACGUUAAAGACAUGUUCCGGGUGGCCCAGAAGAUCCUCGGGUACGACCUGCUGUCCCUGUGCCUGGAGGGACCCAAGGAGGAGCUGAUGAAGACGGUUCACUGUCAGCCGGCGGUGUUCGUCACCUCUGCUGCUGUGGAGAGGCUCAACCACGAAAACCCCCAGGCCAUAGAGAGGUGUGUUGCUGCUGCAGGUUUCAGCGUCGGGGAAUUUGCCGCCCUGGUUUUUUCUGGUGCCAUGAACUAUGCAGAAGCUCUGUACGCGGUGAAGGUUCGUGCAGAGGCCAUGCAGAAAGCGUCAGAGCUGCUUCCCAGUGGGAUGCUGUCAGUCAUCGGUAGACCUCAGGCUCAGUAUAAAUAUGCCUGUGUGCAGGCUAAAGAGCACUGCAGGAGCCUGGGCAUCGAGGAGCCCGUCUGCUCUGUGGCGAACUAUCUGUUCCCUCAUGGCAGGGUCAUCGCAGGGCACCAAGAGGCUCUGGACUUCCUGCAGCAAAACUCGAGACGUCUCCAGUUCGUGAGGACCAAACUUCUGCCGGUCAGCGGGGCUUUUCACACCGAGCUGAUGGAGUCCGCUGUUGAACCCCUCAGAGACGUGCUCAGACAGGUGGAGGUCCGUCGUCCCGAGAUCAACGUGUACUCCAACGUGGAUGGGAAGCGUUACAUGAGCGAGAAACACGUGUGCAGUCAGCUGGUGAAGCAGCUGGUGUCACCGGUGAAGUGGGAGCAAAGUCUGCACGAGAUCUACGAGAGGGCGCAGGGAAUGAAGUUCCCUUACACCUACGAGGUCGGCCCCGGAAAGCAGCUCGGUGCCACGCUUCAAGUGUGCAACAGGAAGGCCUUCCAAACGUACUCACAUGUGGAAGUCACCACUUAUGAGGAGGACGAAUAAUGCAGAUAUGCAGAGGUCGAAAAAGGGCUUCGGUGCUCCUUUUGGUGCGGACACGACCAGCAAAGCCUUUUGAACCUGCGAGCUCCUGUGGUUGCCUCUUAUGGUCUUGUAUUUGUAUUAUUAUGUAAUUUUAAAAAAAUGUUUUUUUUUAAAUUAAUGACAAAAGUUCUUUAUUUUUGCGAAUUUCAUUUAUUUGCAUCACAUGAAAGAGCAAACCUGAAACAGAAAGUCCAGCCUUCUUCAUUUUAUAUUAAGCCCGGCUACAUAUCGUUUGUUAAAAAUUUGGCCUCUUAAACCAGUAAGAAACUAAUCUGGGUACAAAAGACUGCAGGCCAGCAACAGUCCA